CAGGUCACGUGUGCUCAUCUCAUUAUGCAUCAGCUCUCACCAAAGCUUUCAGGCAGGGCGAGGGCGCGUCAACGCUCACCUCCCUCACUCAAAUCACGCGCGCAACAACUCAAAAAUGGCCGAAUCUCACUCCGACCUGAGCGAAAAUGAGAUUCUUAACGAGCGCUCUCAAGAAGAAUCCAGCGAAAAUGAAUCCGGCGCUGAAGCCUCCGAGUCCGACGACGAUGAUUCCGACGGCGGAGGCUUGCUAGAUACCAUGGCCGCUGACGGCAGCGACGAAGAAUCCAGCGAUGAUGAAGAUGACGACAUAUAUCACCGCGAAAACCUCACCCAGGAUCCGUAUCUCGACUCGUUCCCCCAGUUUGGUCGCCUUCCUAGUGAGUUGCGCAACACCAUCUGGGAGCUGUUCUGUCCGGAACUUUGCGCUCGCCAUCGCGUGCUUGACUUUCAGAUCUCGUACGGAACAGCCCUGCAUCCCGACGCGGCGAGUUCUUUUGUUUGGACUGUGCGCGACGGUAUUGCGCUUGGUGAUCAGACAAAGAACCUCCGCGCGGUGUUUGCUGUUCACAAGGAGUCGCGCGCUCUAGCCACCAAUGCCUUUCCUGAUUCUCUGAGCAUCGAUGCUGGGUCUGGAGACGCCACUGUUCGCUUCAACCGAAAUUCUGAUGUUGUUCUGAUGAAUGGCCUCAGCUGUCCACCGGGCAGGAUGGUGUUUCACCUGCCAGGUUUCGCUAGCGAGGUCAAAAACUUUGCGCUUGGCGGGCCUAACAUCCUUGAUGACCUGAGCGGUCCCGACGUACCAGCGCUCUUGAGGCAGUUCACCCAGCUGGAGUGCUUCUACGUGAACAUCUCGAGUACGGAUUGCCAAAAGUCGACUUUGGGCUGGUGCACAUCCGAUCUCAUCAACCGGUAUCAAACGCAAACAUACGAGAAACAGCCUGGUCUCGGAGAAGACCUGCAGUUCUUGUGGUGCUGGCCUGAUUUGCAGCGACAUCCCGACUUUGCGAGAUUCCAGAUCGACAGGGAUACUUGGGAUAAUUUGCCUGAUCCUCUUGGCAGCGAGUUGGAGCAACGAGGUCUCAAGGCAUGGCCUAUGGUUGCUUUUGAGUACGAGCGCGGACUUCGACGGUUUGAGUUGCUGCAGACACUUGGGCCGGACCUCGGCGACGAUACUUCGGAUGAAGAUGAUGACGACGACGAUGAUGAUGGCAACAAUGGACCUGAUCUCGAUGAGUAUGAAAGCGAUGGUAUUGACGACGAUGAGAUUGUCGAGACGUACGACCCCUCAGACGAAGAGGGCAUCUCAUUAGCCAGCGGCUCCCCUCCGCCCGCCCCCCAAGAAAUCUCCGACGAUGAGGAUGACGACGGCGCCGGCGCAAACUUUUCAAGUCCUGAACCCGAGGAAGAAGCAGCGCCUGUACAGCGCGGACGCAAACGACGAGUAGUUUCCGAUUCUGACGAUGAAGACGAGGAGGACGUCGAACCUACAGCGAAGCGCGCGAGGACACGAGUUGUUGAAUCUGACGACGAAGACGAUGAGCCAGAGGUGCAGCCAGAGCAAACACGACAGCACUCCAGGGCGAUCAUGUCAGAUGAUGAGGAUGAAGACGAAGGCGGCGUGUCCAAAGAGCCCCACGCAAGCGAGUCCUCCAGCGAAGAAAGCGAAAAAGAAAGUGACGAGUCAGAAGACGAAGACGCACCGCCCAAGAAAUUAUCUCUCGCUGAGAGACUCCGUCUUCAUCGACAAGAAAACCCAGUUGACGAUGAUUCAGAUGCAAGCAGCAGGACUGCAGACGAGGAGAGCGAAGAAGAGCGGAAUCCUUUCACGAUGGGCAUGGCGGAUGAGUCAGAUGGAGAAGGUGAGGAUGGCUAUGAUGAAGAUGACUAUUAAUUCCAUACCAUUCUCUCAUGUUUGAGUAUCCGUAAAUUUUUAAUAAUAGAGAAACAAUCCCAGCGAUGGAUCAAACAGUCUUCCCAGCAGCGAGCAGCUCAACAAACUGCUCUAUCCUCUUCCUCCUCGUCUCCGGCCUCUUCGCCGUUUCCAACCUCCAUAAAAAACUAUAUCUCUUCGUCUUACCCAACCCCGUCCAAAACUCCCCCGCCGCUUCAUUCCCCUCUAUCGCAUUUUCAAAAUCCUCUGGCACAGUUACAUUACUCGACGAUGAAUACGCCCUCUCCCAGCGCCCAUCCUCCCUCGCGGCAUCAACCUCCGCCUGCCCCGCAGGUUUCAUGCGACCCGCGGCUAUCAAAACCGCGACUUUGUCAACAUUACGCUGGGACCAGAGACUUUUCUUCCGACGGGGCGUGAAGCGCUGUAUGAAAUACGUGGCGUCGAGGGAUUUGCGCUGGCCGUCGAUCCAGCCGUAGCAGAGGGCUGUGUCGAGGGCUUGGUCGUAUGUUAUUGAGGGGAUGGGGGCGUUCUUUUUUGCGAUUUUGAGCCAGAGGCCGGUUUGGUUGGUGGAGUGGUUUUGGGAGAGGUAGGAUUCGAAUGAGGACGGGGUUGGGAAGAGUUUGGUUUCUGGGGUGGUUGCAGGGGAGGGUGUAGGUGUUUGAGGUGGGGGUUGGAGACGGGUUAGUCUUUUGGCGGUUGAUCUUGUUGUUCGUGACAUUUUCUGUAUUUGUCAGAGCAUGAUGUUCACGGUUGAGGUUGCGUUGAGGCUGACAGACACAAGGAGAUCACAGAAGGAUCACGCUAAGCCAGAUCCAAUCAUUGAACGCCCAACAUCUUCAAUUCAUUUUUCUCUAAUCCGU